UGUCAUCGAGCAAGACCACAUCCGCAGGGCCUUCUCCUGGCCUGAGCAGUUCCGCUUUCCUCUCCGGCAACAAUUACCGGAAACCACCGCCCCCUCACCGGCGGCAACCACAGCGGCGCCACAGCCAAUCCUAACGCCAAUGUCCACCGCUGCCUCUGCGCUCCGCCCGGCACCUAGGUGGGGUGCGCCGUCGCAGCGCCGGCUCGUGGAGCAGCACCUGGCGUCACUGCCCCACGGCCUCCAGCACCUCCACCACGUGCAGGAGCUCCACGCGCAGCUCCUCAAGCACGGUCUCCACCUCGACCCGCUCGCCGCCUCCAAGCUUAUCUCCUCAUACGCGCUCCAGCGCCGCCUCCCGGCCUCCCGCCGCAUCUUCGCAUCCUUCCCCAAUCCUCAAGCCACCACCUUCCUCCCGAACACACUUCUCCGCGCCUACGCGCUCAAUGCCCUUCCCCACGCCGCGGUCUCUCUCUUCUCCGCCAUGCCCCAGCGGGACAGCUUCACCUACUCCUUCCUCAUCAAGGCGCUCUCCUCCUCCGGCUUGACCCCCCUCAGGGCGGUGCACUCCCACGUCGUUAAACUCGGGUCCAUCGAGGACACCUAUGUCGGGAACGCGCUGAUCGACGCCUACUCCAAGAAUGGCGGGUUUUUGGACGCCAGCAAGGUGUUCGAGGAAAUGCCUAGACGGGAUACUGUAUCCUGGAACUCGGCCAUGGCUGCGAUGGUGCGACAGGGCGAGGUGGCAAGUGCGAGGAGGAUGUUUGACGAGAUGCCGGACAAGGACACGGUAAGCUGGAACACCGUGCUGGACGGGUACACCAAGGCUGGGAAGAUGGAGGAUGCGUUCGAGCUGUUUCAGUGCAUGCCGGAGAGGAAUGUGGUGUCGUGGUCGACAGUAGUGUCUGGUUACUGUAAGAAGGGUGACAUCGAGAUGGCUCGAGUGAUCUUUGAUAAGAUGCCGACCAAGAACUUGGUAACAUGGACGAUAAUGGUUUCGGCAUGUGCCCAGAAUGGGCUUGUCGAGGAGGCUGGACGGUUGUUUACUCAGAUGAAGGAAGCUGCUGUGGAACUUGAUGUGGCUGCAGUUGUGAGUAUCUUGGCUGCAUGCGCAGAGUCAGGCUUGCUUGCUCUUGGGAAGAGGAUUCACCGGUACGUGCGGACGAGGCAACUGGGGAGGUCGACCCAUGUGUGCAAUGCAAUGAUUGACAUGUUUUGCAAGUGUGGAUGCGUAAACCGGGCUGAUUAUGUCUUUGACACUGAAAUAGCUGAGAAGGAUUCAGUGUCAUGGAACACCAUAAUUGGGGGAUUUGCGAUGCAUGGGCAUGGAGACAAGGCGCUGGACUUCUUCGCCCAAAUGAAGCUACAAGGAUUCCGUCCUGAUGCUGUGACAAUGAUCAAUGUUCUUAGUGCAUGCACACACAUGGGGUUUGUUGAAGAGGGGCGCCAGCAUUUCUCCAAUAUGGAGAGGGACUAUGGCAUUGUGCCACAGAUAGAGCAUUAUGGCUGCAUGAUUGACCUUCUCGGUCGUGGAGGGCUCAUCGAGGAGGCUGUUGGUCUGAUAAAAAGCAUGCCUUGGGACCCUAAUGAGGUAAUAUGGGGGUCCCUUCUCAGUGCAUGCCGACUGCACAAGAAUGUGGAGUAUGCAGAAAUUGCAGUGAACGAGCUCAGUAAGCUGCAGCCCUCCAAUGCAGGGAACUAUGCUGUCCUUUCAAACAUCUAUGCAGAGGCGGGGCAGUGGAGUGACAUGGCAAAGGCAAGGAUGCAAAUGAAAGGAACUGGGUCUCAGAAGUCAGCAGGGUCAAGUUGGAUUGAACUUGAUGAGGCAUUCCAUGAGUUCACGGUGGGGGACAGAAAACACUCAGACUCGGACCAGAUAUCCGAGAUGGUUGAUAGGCUGAGUUCACAUGUCAAGGAUGUUGGCUGCGUUCCAACAGCUCAUGAGCUACUUGUGCAGUGAGUCCUUUGCCAAGGGUAUGGUAAAUUGGUCAUGUCGCAGUCACAAAUGUGAAAUGCUUUCAUGAGGUGUUAGCAUUGCAGGACGCAAUCUAUGUAAGCAAGCACCGGCUCCAGUGAAUCCUGCAAUCAAGAAGAUGCUGUGACGUGGUACAGAAUUACCCACGAUGGACUGGAUACCCAGAUAUCUGUUCAAGCAUUUCUCAGCAUGUGCUCUUCUGCCGUCAGGUUUGCUCUGUCAAAAUCUGCAACUAUGUUAAGACGAAAGCUGGUGAUGGGAUGGACUGACAAAAUACUACCAUUACAGUGCUAGGUUGAUUGAAUAGUUCAUAGGUUAGUACUUCUAGUGCUUCACUUCAUCUGGUUAAUCGAAACCAAAACAAGGCAUAAGGUAGGGUCUUCUAAAAUAUAAGGAAGUGAGAAGACCUCACAUUAAAAAUGUAAGAAGUGAUUUCUGUAGUUACAUUAUAGCAGCAACGUGGCUAUUAUGUUGGAGAAGUAGAAUAGUUGAGUGUCUUACAGUCGUUCAUCCCAUUUUUUGCAUGUAUCACUUUCAUAAGAAUGUUUUAGUGAGGAAAGCAUACAAUCUCCGUAAUAUUCUGAUUUGGGUAUCAAGCUUGUAUCUCCUACAAAACCGUAUAAAUCAUUCAUUUGUACUUA